ACAUAAAGCUGACAUGGAAGAAUUUAAACUCAGUAAUGAUGUAAUUGAGCAAAUAAAAGAUUUUUAUUAUCGGAACUUAACAGAUGAACAAGAAUUGUUAAUUGAUAAGCUAAUAUUAAAUGAAGAAUUAAAAGAAUGUUAUAAAGAGAAUGGUUUAUGCAAAGAUUGUAAACAACCUAAAACUAGAUAUGAUUGGUGUAGGUCAUGCAAUGCUAAACAUUUUCAACAAAAUUUCAAAAAUUGGACUAGUGGAAAUGAUGAAGUUGAUAAGCUUAUUCAAAAAACACAACUUAAAGCUAAAGAAUUUAAGGAAAUUUUAGAGUGGAUUGAAUAUGAUAGAUUUGAAAAUGUUGAAUAUUUGGCCAAAGGAGGAUUUGGAAUUAUUUAUAAAGCAAUUUGGAAAGAUGGAUAUAUAAGAAGAUGGGAUUCUGAAAAUAAUCAAUGGGAGAGAAGUAAAAAUUGGGUUGAGGAAUAUGAAAAAUUUCCGGUUGCUUUAAAAUGUUUACACAAUUCUCAGGAUAUUACAUCCGAAUUUUUAAGAGAAAUUGAAUCACAUACUACGAUUAUUUCAAAUAGUGUAACUAAAUGUUUUGGCAUUACUAAAGAUCCAGAAUCUAAUAAUUUCAUGAUGGUAAUAGAAUAUGCAAAAGAAGGUAGUUUAAGACAAUAUUUAAAUAAUAGCUUUAAUUCAAUAAAAUGGGAAAAUAAGUUUGAUUAUCUAAAAGAUAUUGCAAGUGGUCUCAAUUCUAUUCAUAAAAAAGGAUUAAUUCAUCAUGAUUUUCAUUGUGGCAAUAUGUUAAAAGCUGGUUAUUGGACCAUUAUUACUGAUUUAGGAUUAUGCCAACCAGCAAAUGUAAAAUCUUCUCAAAAUGAAUACGAAAAAAAAAUUUAUGGAGUAUUACCUUAUGUAGCGCCUGAAGUUUUAAGAGGAGGAGAAUAUACUCAAGCAAGUGAUAUUUAUGCAUUUGGAAUUAUUGCAUAUGAAGUCUGUACAGGGCUUCCUCCUUAUCAUGAUAUUGCUCAUGAUAAAAUCUUAGCUAUUAGCAUUUGUCGAGGGAAUAGGCCAAAAUCCAAUUAUAAAAUUCCUCAACUAAUUUUGGACAUAAUUAAGCAAUGUUGGGAUGCUGAUCCUUUAAAACGACCUAAAGCAAAUGAAUUACAUAAUUCAUUAUAUAAUUUAUAUGAUGAAUUACGUUAUUUACGUAAUAAUGGUGAUAGUGAAAUCAAAAAGCAAGUUAAAGAAGCAGAAAAAAUUAAUGAAAAGUUUACUUCUACUUCAUUACCAUAUAAUGGUACUACUCUUUUAUAUACUACAAAUCCUCAAGCAAUUUACACGAGUAGGCUUUUAAACUUUAAAAAUCUACCAGAACCAAAAAAUGCUACUGAUAACAAAGAUGAUGAUAAUUCAUUUGGAGAAUAUUCAGGUAAUUAAUAUAUCAACUUAUUUUUACAAAAAUAUAUACAAUUAUUUUUCAUUUUCUAGAAUCUAUAGAA